GGGGGAAAGGGCGGGGAAAGAGAGGCCAGGGCCAGAAGGGGGUCUCCCAGGAGGGAGUGGGGCGGGUGGAGAGGACGCCGGGGAAAACAGCCCGCGCCGUCCUAUAAAAUCCCGACUAGGGAAACGGGCGGGUCCGAGCUUUCGCCACCGCUCCUCUCUUCUCCUCUCCUCCUCGCCGCGGAAACCCACUGCCUGCCUUGGUCUUGGGAGGACCAGCGAGCGACCCACCCACGCGGGAAGUGGCCCAGCAAGCCAAAGCAGGGCCAUCUCCUGGCCCAGGUGGACCUGCCCCGCCCCGCCCAAAGGGAAGAAGCUCGCCCGGUUCCGAAGAAGCCGCCUCCAGCUCGUGCCUUCUCCUCCGCUGCCCUGAAGUUUCUUCUGCCUUCUCUAUGUCACUUAUUUUAUUUCAUGAGGAACAGUGUUAUUGAUAAGGAAUUCUUAUUUAAUACCACAAACACUCUGGAAGUAGCAGCUGUGUAACUUUCUCAUGAUAAGUUAAGUUUCAUAUCAGUUUUCCAGUUAGCUUCCAGCUGAACUUACCAAAAUGGUCCUAAAUAUAUCUACAGAAGAGACCGUCAAAAGGGUCCAUGUCGAAUGUUCCUCUUUGGGAAGACACAACUACAUCCUGAUUAUGGUACCAACUGUUUACACAAUCAUCUUCAUCAUAGGUAUCUUUGGAAACAGCUUGGUAGUGGUUGUGAUUUACUUCUACAUGAAGCUGAAAACUGUGGCAAGUGUCUUUUUAUUCAAUUUAGCCCUGGCUGAUUUGUGCUUCAUAGUGACUUUGCCAUUAUGGGCAGCUACCACAGCCAUGGAAUAUCGCUGGCCUUUUGGCAAUUGCUUGUGUAAGUUAACAUCAGCUGCCGCAAGCUUCAAUCUCUACGCCAGUGUUUUUCUCCUAACAUGCCUCAGCAUUGACCGUUACUUGGCAAUAGUGCAUCCAAUGAAGUCCCGGCUUCGGCGCACCAUGGUGGUUGCUCGGAUAACUUGCAUCAUCAUCUGGUUGAUGGCAGCACUUGCUAGCUUGCCAGUUAUGAUUCACCGCAGUGUUUAUUUCAUUGAAAAUGAAAAUAUAACCGUUUGUGCAUUUCGGUAUGAGACCCCCACCAACACAACCAACAACACAUUAGUUCAAGUUGGAUUAGGCUUGUCCAAAAACAUGCUGGGAUUUUUGAUCCCCUUUGUGAUCAUUUCAACAAGCUAUGUAUUAAUCUGGAAGACCCUGAAAAAGGCUUAUCAGAUUCAAAGGAACAAGACCAGAGGAGAUGAUAUUUUUAAGAUGAUCAUUGCAAUUGUCCUAUUUUUCUUUUUUUCUUGGAUCCCUCAUCAAAUAUUCACUUUUCUCGAUGUGCUGAUCCAGCUCCGUGUGAUUGUGAAUUGUCACAUUGUUGAUAUUGUGGAUACAGCUAUGCCCUUCACAAUCUGUCUCGCUUAUUUUAACAACUGUCUGAAUCCUGUCUUUUACGGGUUUUUUGGAAAGAACUUUAGAAAAUAUUUUCUUCAGCUUCUGAAAUAUAUCCCUCCAAAUGUCAGGCAUGCUAGUCUGGCAACAAAAACAAGCUCCCUUUCCUAUCGUCCUUCAGAAAACUUAAUCUUGACAGCCAGAAAAAAUGGGUCCUUGGAUGUUGAGUGAUGGCUUGGCAGUAGCAUAUCUUUUCUGCAACUGGAGCGAUGAGUCUCGCGCUGCACCGCAACCUCCAUAGCUUAAAGUGUUAAACCAUCUGAAACACAUCAUCCUUAUAAAAACUGAGCAGUUGCCUUUCAUUUCACAUUGUGAGAAAAACUGUUGGUGGUUUACAGCUGAAUGUUAGGCAAUCGUGUUCAUCAACAUCCUGCCUGUUGGAGGUUGAAGCUUGGAGAGAAAGAGUAUGCGGUAGAACUAAGAACAACGUACAGUUGAACUCAAAAGUGUGGUCCAACUUCUUAUUUCAUUGUAUCAAGUCUAAAGUUUUCCUUUGAACUUACAUAAGCAACUAUGCUUCUCUUUCAGGGCCUUAGACAGAGGAAUAUUAAAAAAUAUAUAUGUAGUAAAUCCAUGCUGUUUUUCAAGAAUGUGAAUUAUGCAUCUUGUAUGCUACUUGAUUAUAAUCAAAACCUACCUAGGCUAUGCUACAACUCCAUAUAUAUAUAUAUAUAUAUAUAUAUAUAUAUAUAUAUAUAUAUAUCCCUUUCAGUAGCAAAGACUGUCAGGAUUGGGACGGCAUAUACAUGUAGCACUGUGAGACUUUUAAAUCAAAGUAUACACAUGAAGCAAAAUUAUUUUAUGUCUGUGUGACUUGGCAUGAAUCCAGUUGUUCAUCUCAGUUAUCAAGAAUAAUUGAAUGAAUAAAUUCCCAUUGAUUCAAUUGACUCGUUCUAGUUUGAACUAACAAUUGAAUUUAUAUUAGUGUUUCUAAGUUUUAGAGAACAUUUAUUGCAUAUACGUUAAAUGCAAUCCCAUUAGAGUCUAGGAUUGUGUGUUUUUUUCCCAAGUGGAAAAAAUAGGCAUUUUCCACGUUGACAUCUGUGGAGCCAUGAGCUAGUGAUUAUACAUAUAUAUAUGAAAGGUUUACGCAGAAAUCAGCAAGCUGUCUCAGCCAACCUUGUCCAUAAUGGCUCUCUCACUCUUUUACAUGCAUGAGUGUGCACACACACAAACAGCACUGGUGUAAGUGAUGUAGCUCCAAGCUUCAGCAGCAAAUUCUGACAUUUGUGAAAAUUUUAUCAGUCAUAGUUCAUGGCACUGCAUGGCAUCAUGAUAUUGUAUAUAUAGACCCUCAGGCUUCCUCAUGGCCAUAUAAAAGCAUGGAGCUCCUCAUUUCAUCGUAGCUCCUCCGCACGACAGGACUACAUGGAGCAAAGGCCAAUGAAUGCAAUGGGGUUAGAAACCAACUACAUAGAGAUGUGCAUCAAUACUUACCUCAAGCAAUUUUACAUGCUCAAUGAAUUGUUGGCCACCAAGGAUUGUUGCCUAUGUCUCUGGAAAAAAAAUAGACACUGUAUAAUAGCCAGCUCUGUCAAUACAGUUGUUAGAAGCAAACAAAUGCAGUUUGACAAAAGCAGUUUGGAUACCUUCUAAAUGUUCUCUGAAUGCAUGAGAAGGGUUAUGGAACUGCAUUGUACAGUUGGGCACAUGACCAGGAUUUAAAGAGCUACAUAGCACUGUCAUUUAUUCCAUGUACAUUUAUUCCAUGGCAAAGAGCCCAUAAAUCACAGCCACACCUUCUCGCCUAACUUAGUUGAAGGAUAAAAUUCAGUACUAGGAAAGAAAUUUCACACAUAAACAACAUUCUAUUGAUUGUUUCAUUAACUGCCACCGUAAGUGCUGAUUGUAAUGAUCCAGCUAAUGAAUUUUGUUGUGUAAAUGUAAGAUGCUUUUGCAUUUUUAUUCACUUGUAGAGCAUUUUAUUUUAAGGCCUUCAACUCAGAGUUCUUGUUGGCUCAAUAGAUGCCCCAAAUGCCACAAGGGAAAAUGCACAGAUUGGAAUAAUGAAACAAAUUCCUGCCCCUCUCUUCCAUACACUAUUGCUAUCCACAUACAAAGAAUGCCUCCCUUUUCUGCUGGCAGAGUGCUUGUAAAUGUUGGCUUUGCUUAUGUUGUAAAGAUAUUUAUUUCUAUUUAUUGUAUAAUAAAGCUUUAUCUGACUUGAGUUUAUUUUUUCCACCUUGAAUUCAAUGUUCCUUGUCAUAUAUAUAUAUAUAUAUAUAUAUAUAUAUAUAUAUAUAUAUAUGUGUGUGUGUGUGUGUGUGUGUGUGUGUGUGUGUGUGUGUGUGUGUAUGUAUGUAUGUAUGUAUGUAUGUAUGUAUGUAUGUACCAUUCUUCCUUCCUCUCUUUCCCUCCAACCAGUAGAUUCCAGAAUUCUAUAGUUCUGGAGAAUAUACAAUAGAAGUCUCUAAAACAGAAUGCUAAAAUUCCUCUCUAAACUAGAAAUCCCAAAAUUCCUUAGAAUAAAGCCAUGACAAUUAAAGUGCCAUGAAACUGAUAUGGCACUGUAGUUUGGAUGAGUCUUUCAUAGUCCAGGAAACACUAUGCUUAAAACAUUGUAUUGUUUGUUCAUAUUGUGCUCACAUUUCUGAAAAUAGUGUUUGUUAGGAAGCAGUGAAAUUCAGGGAAGGUGGGUGGUCAGAGGUUCAGUGAAUCUGUUCUGAAUUUUGGUCAGAAUUUAUUGGAGCUAUCCAACCCUGAACCAUAUAAUUUCCCAAACCACUGACAUCAAAAAACAUUAAAAGUUAGCAGUCUGUUGGAUAUGUAUAUGAAUUUCCUGUAAACUUUGAAUAUUUUUCAGUAGUUCCAUCUACACAUACUGUAUAUAAGAACUUUAAAAGAACCAACAUUAAACUUCAUAACUGAUCAAUGUUAUACUUAAAACAGUACAAAAUGGUGAUGUGGUUUCUUGUACCAUGGUUUUUUAGUGUUACAACAUGUGAUACUAUAUUCUGUAUAAUAUAUAUUCUGCAUCUCAAAAGCUGUAGAAGAUAUUGUCCGUAUGAUACAUUUGUAUUUCAAAACUGUCACUGUUGUUGUUGUCUGUAUUAUGAUGGAUCAUUUUGUAAAACAAGCUAAAUGCUAUAAUAGGAGCAAAAUUAUCUGUAUCCUUACAUACGAGCAGUUGGAAAUCUAAAAAUACUAAUUCUAUAAAGACCCAUGUAUACUUCAUUGCAUACAUGGAGGUUCCUCAUUUGCUAAUUUUUGACUUUGGAGGACAGAUAAAAUUUCUAGAACUCAUCUGAUAAAGUAAGGGUUGUAUAGCCCUCCAGCUGUUCAAUUUACUCCCUGUGUUUCUCACCACUGGGUGAACUGGCUAGAGGUGAUAAGAGUUGCUGUCCAACAAUAGGGUAUGACAUCUCACCAGAAUACAUUUUUUAAAUUCAUAAACCUUUUCAAAUAUUACUGUAUUUUCUCAGAUUCAUCACCAUUAAUUUGAAGCAAAUGCAAAAUCCAAAUGAUUAUACUCCUUUCAAUUGUACCUUCAUUGUUGCUGUUGUAUGCCUUCAAGUUGUUUUCAGCUUAUGCAACUCUAAGGUGAACAUAUCAUGGAGUUUUCUUGGCAAGAUUUGUUGAAAAAGCAUUUGUCACUGCCUUCUUCUGAGUCUGAGAGGUUGUGACUUGCCCAAGGCAUCCAGCAGGUUCCCAUAGCUGAGCAGGGACUUUAAUCUGGAUCUCCAGACAUAGUCCAGUUCUCAGACCAGUACACCAGGAUGGCCCACCAAUUAACUCACCCACUUCUGCCCUUUUCCCAAUGAGUAAAAAUAACUGACUAUCCUUUCCAUUGCUUCUUUCAAACCAUUACACCCAAAUAGCAUUUUCAUAUCUGUUUAACCAAAUCUUAAAAUCUGCAAAGGCUCCAAUCCAGGUGCCGCCUCUGAAGGAAGGGAGGCAGGUUACCAUAAGGAAGGGGGCCUUUUCCCUGGCAGCAGAUGAAGACAUUUUAUUCACCUUGACCUUUAAAGAACUCAAAAUCUGGGUUAAUUGGUUUUCGAAUGUCUUUUUUUAUUUGGGGAUUUCCAAGUGUUUGAUUUCUUUUUGUAUUUUUAUAUUAUUUUGAUAUUAUGUUUUUAUGUUUGGCUUUACAGUAUUUUUAAAUUAUUUUCAUAUGGGGUUUUUGUACUACAAGUCUGCCACCAUGAGAAGGAUAUGUUAUGGUGGUACAUUAACAUCAUAAAAUUAGUUGUUAAUUGAGUUUUUCAAUGCAUAAACACUUUUGAAUUAGCUAAUUCAUGAAUACAAAGAAGUUUAUUGCGAAAUGUGAGCGGCUUGCAAACUCCUUGCUAAUUGCUAUAAAGCAGUAAUCAAAUUCAAAGGCAAAAUUCAUGACCCGUAAAAAUCACAGGCUGUAAAAUAUAUUUUGUGAAGAUCACUGAAUUCUGUAUUUCUAUCUACUGUGCAUUAUUUUGAGCCUGACCUUUUAAUACUUCUUUACCUUUGUUUGAAAGACAUUGAACAAUAAUACAGAUACCUGAAACUAAAGGCUUUGCAUUAUUAAGCAUACAAUUAAGACUGAAAUACUUUAUUUAUGUGUAUAACUUGCAGCAUAAACCAAUGUUAAUGUGUUUGAUUAUUCAUUUCCUCCAUCUGUAACAUAUAUAGAUGCAGAAGAACAACUAUUGAAUAACAUACAUUUUGAUAAAGCAUCUGUUUUAUGUGUAGAA